ACAACUUAGCCAACAAGCGCGUGUUCGUUCGUACAGUGCAGUGCGUAGUCAUAAAAUUAUUAUAAAAAGAUAUCCUAUUAAUCGGAAUUUGCGAAAAAUUCUUGUCAAAAAUGAAAAUCGCCAUUAUUGUUGUAUUCGCCGCGUUAUUCGCCAUUGUUGUCGCUGCGCCCAUCGAUGAUCCAUCACAAGCGCAAAUUCUGCGUUUGGAUUCCGAUGUAAAGCCUGAUGGAUACUCAUUUGCUUUGGAAACCAGCGAUGGCAAGACGCACAAUGAGGAAGGCCAAUUGAAAAAUAUUGGUGCCGAGGAUGAGACAAUCGUUGUGCGUGGCUCAUUUUCUUUCGUCGCUGAUGAUGGACAAACCUACACUGUGAAUUAUAUUGCCGACGAGAAUGGUUUCCAACCCGAAGGUGCUCAUUUGCCCAAUGUGGGUAUUCACUAAAGAGUUUAAGAAGAGAUUUACUAAACCGCCACUUGCAAAGGACUAUGUACCAGAACUGAUUAUAACUCAAGUAAAUAAGGGAUAGUGUUGAAUUUGCGAUUGUAUUAGUUAGGGGAAUCAAAGAGUUGUUCUUUUUUAAUUUGUGUAUUUAAAGUGUAAUAGUAGAAAAUAAAUGCAUCAGUAUGAAAAAUACAAACA